CUUAGCCAGUCAAAAGCUUUGGAACAGAUAACAUCUCUUUCUCAUCCAUAUUUCAGAAAACACAAAUUUUCAUUUUGCGUCUCUUACUCACUGGAACUGAUCGAUCGACAAAGUGUUCAUAUUUUUUGAACUCAACUGGAGAUGAGUUGAUGCCUGCGGUCAACACAACUCUGUAUAUAAAGAUGGUGAAGCUUUUUGGAUCAUCUUAAAAGUAGACCAGCAAUCAUCCAUGUUUUCGUAUACAUAAGCUCCGCCAAACACCUUGUUCUUCAUGAGUUUCGAUAGCUCUGUUUUCAAUAUUUGAGGAGCAGUUCGAGCUAGCUUGAUGGAGUAGAUUGUGCUCUGUUUUCCAACUCUUACUCGUAGUGUUUUUCAACUCACUGCAGUACACUCUCUCUUCCAGCAAAUUGGUAUAGGCGCGACAAAUUGGCUCUGCGACAUCUGCUCUGCUUCCGAUCUGAGCUGAAGUGUACAUCGCAGAUGCUCCCAAGUCCCAAGUCCAAAGCCUGGCUUAAACACCACGAAGAGAGAGAGAGGCUCAAAGUUAAAAGAUAUUUGUUUCCCUCCUUCUGCACUGGCAUACCCAUUAAACAAUACACUCCCACCGGCAUUUGAAAUUUCCUAGGGUUUCAAAUCUCCGUCACAAUGCCACUACUCUUCUCCACCCUUUCCACCGCCACACGCCGUCGCGUCUACUUGAAAUCACUAUUCAGCUCCUCGAGAUUCAUCUCUACCACUUCAUUUGCACUAGAAUACCCUCUUUCCCACCCAAUUUACACUGUCUGGGGCUCUAACACUGCCGUUGGCAAAACCCUAGUCUCCGCCGGCAUUGCCGCUUCAUUCCUCACCCCUACUUCCACUUCUCCUUUCAAAUUCAUUUACCUUAAGCCGGUUCAGACCGGUUUCCCUUCCGAUUCUGAUUCUCGUUUCGUGUAUAGAAAAUUUGGGGAAAUUUUCGGGCAUCGGAAAUGUAAUCGGACUGUUUUUGCGUCUGAUGAGACGGUUAGAGUGUCGGCUCCGGCUGGGGAGUUGGUGUUGGGGAGUCGGGGGAGUGUUGAGACUCAGAAUUUUACGAAAUGUGAGAGUGGUUUUUGGGAAUUGGGAAGUUGUGAUGGGAGGAAACUGGAAGGCGAGGGAGGGGAGGAGGUGAGAGUGUCGGAAUUGAUAUGUAAGACAAUGUAUGCGUGGAGGGACCCGGUUUCGCCUCAUUUGGCAGCUGAGAGGGAAAAUGCUGUGGUGGCAGAUGCGGAGUUGUUAGAGAUGUUGAAGAAAUGUCUGUGUAUUGGUUCAGAUGACGGGAUGAGGGAGGAUGAGGUUGGUGUUUUUACUUUGAUAGAAACUGCUGGUGGAGUUGCUAGUCCUGGGCCGUCUGGUUCACUUCAGUGUGACUUGUACAGGCCAUUCCGGUUACCUGCACUCCUUGUCGGGGAUGGCCGAUUAGGUGGCAUUUCAUCAACCAUUUCAGCUUAUGAGAGUUUAAAGCUUCGAGGUUACGAUGUUGUUGCUGUAGUUCUUGAAGAUCAAGGUCUUGUAAAUGAUGUGCCACUGUUAUCUUAUCUGCGGAACAGGGUCCCUGUUCUUGUCCUUCCACCAAUUCCAGCAGAUAUGUCAGACAACCUAAUGGCAUGGUUUGACGAAUCUUACAGCGUUUUUGGUUCUCUAAAGGAAGUAAUGCUAUCGUCGUAUUCCGAAAGAAUGCAGAGAUUACAUGAUAUGCCAAAGAAAGCAGUAGAAAUUUUUUGGUGGCCAUUCACUCAACACAAACUUGUACCUGAAGAGAAUGUAACAGUAAUAGAUUCUCGUUGUGGUGAGAACUUUUCAGUUCACAAGGGUAAAUAUCAAGAUGUCAUGAUACAACAAUUUGAUGCUUGUGCAAGUUGGUGGACGCAAGGACCCGAUGCUACCUUACAGAUUGAGUUGGCAAGAGAUAUGGGUUAUACUGCUGCAAGAUUUGGGCAUGUAAUGUUUCCUACGAAUGUAUACGAGCCUGUUCUGAAAUGUGCAGAGCUCUUGCUUGAAGGUGUCGGAAAAGGAUGGGCUUCUCGCUCCUACUUUUCAGACAAUGGAUCUACAGCAAUUGAAAUUGCUCUCAAGAUGGCAUUUCGGAAAUUCCUUUUCGAUCACGAAGAACAUGUGGCUUCUUGGGGGUCUGACAUGAAAGGAACACAUGUUGAGCUCAAGGUUUUAGCACUUAAAGGAUCUUAUCACGGCGAUACUCUGGGUGCCAUGGAGGCUCAAUCACCAUCCCCAUACACUGGUUUUCUCCAACAACCAUGGUACUCAGGAAGAGGGUUUUUUCUGGAUCCCCCGUUAGUUCAUAUUUGCGAUGGAACUUGGAGGCUGUCGCUUCCUGGUAAAUUGCGUUCUUAUGAAGAGAAAGUGGCAGAUAUGUUUUUUGGCUCCCGGGAUGAAAUUUUUAGCAAGAGCAGGGAUGAUUCUAGUCUUGCUCGCUUAUAUGCAUCACACAUUUCAGAAGAACUACUGGUCUUUUCAGCAGAAAAUCUGUCAGCUCAUAUUGGAGCACUGAUUCUAGAACCAGUGAUACAGGGUGCUGGGGGAAUGCAAAUGAUUGAUCCCCUAUUUCAGCGUACUCUUGUUAAUGAAUGCCAGUACCGCAAGAUUCCAGUUAUAUUUGACGAGGUUUUCACUGGUUUCUGGCGUCUGGGAGCAGAGUCUGCUACAGAAUUACUUUUAUGCAAACCAGAUAUAGCUUGCUUUGCAAAGUUGAUGACUGGUGGAAUUAUACCCUUGGCAGCUACAUUGGCAACUGAUGCUGUAUUUGACGCAUUUGUUGGUGAUUCGAAGCUUAAGGCUCUUCUCCAUGGUCAUUCAUACUCUGCACAUGCUCUGGGGUGCGCUGCUGCCUCUAAAUCCAUUAACUGGUUUAAGGACCAUCGGACAAACCAUAAUUUGAAAACAGAAGGAAGUAUGCUGAGGGAGUUAUGGGAUGUGGAACUAGUGCACCAGAUAUCAUUACAUCCAGUGGUCCACAGAGUGGUUUCGCUGGGAACUGUGUUUGCCCUGGAACUGAAAGCUGAAGGCUGCAAUGCUGGGUAUGCAUCUAAAUAUGCAAACAAUCUUCUGGAGAAGCUUUACGAAGAUGGUGUAUACAUGAGGCCUCUUGGAAACGUAAUAUAUCUUAUGUGCGGGCCUUGCACAUCUCCGGCAACAUGUGAAAGGCUCCUGGAGAUACUUUACAAAAGGCUUCAGGAGUUUGGCAAGGAACAGAGUGUAUGAAUUGAUAACCGUGAGUUGCAUCAAAUUAGUAUGUUGUAUUGUAUCGUUGGUGUAUAAUUAUGAAAACUUAUAGUUUCGUUCAGUUAAUGAGUGAAAAAGAUCUCAAUUGCUUCAUUUGAGUCAUCUCUGAUAAUUAGUCUUGUUUUACUUUGGA